CACAUGACCGAGAAGAAGUUAGAGCUAAAAACUCCAAUCUCAAAGUGUUCGGCUUCCAAAGAGGAGGAGGAGACAAUGGCACAACCACCUUGGAAGACGUGCAUGAUGUCACAAUCUCAUGGGAUUGUCUUGUUGUCCUCGACAAAGACGGACGAUGUACAGCCUACAAGACGGGAAAAGAUGGCAAUGAAGAGGUCUUAUGUAAAUCUGAAAACUUCAAGAGUAUUUCUGCUGGGGACAGUCAUUUGAUAGGGUUGAAAGAAAAUGGCACAGUUUAUAGUAUGGAGCUUCCCGCCCAUGAAUUGAUACCAAAAGAGGUAGCAGUUGGUAUUCCAGUGAGGACAGUGACAUGUGGUAAAGAGCACACGUUACUUCUGACAGGAUAUGGUAGUGUUUAUAGCUUAGGGGCCGGCAGCCGUGCUCAGCUUGGUCUUGGCAAUGUGGAUGUGGACCCCGUGAAGUCACCUCGACUCAUUGAAAGCUUAGAGGGCAUCAUCAUCAAUCAGCUCUCUGCUGGAGGAUGGCAUUCAGCUGCUGUGUCAGAUGGAGGUGAUCUAUACCUGUGGGGGUGGAAUGAGAGCGGACAGCUCGGCUUCCCAUCCAAGUCUGUGGAGCACUCGCCUGGAAGAGAUGACGUCUCCUUCCUCCCGACACCCACUCUCCUUGACAUUGGAGAGGAGGAGAUAAAGAAAGUGGCUUGUGGAUCCAGACAUACAGCAGCCUUAACAGAGCACAAUGAUGUGUAUACCUGGGGAUGGAAUGCUUAUGGACAGCUCGGGCUUGGAGACACACAAACAAGAGACCAGCCUACACAGGUGCAAUAUUUCAAAGACAAUGGACUGGUUGUGGAGGACAUUUUCUGUGGUGGCUGGAAUAGUGGUUUUGUCACUAGGAACACUCAAAAGGUUCCUUAAUUUGGGCCAAAUAUCUAAAGUAUCCAUGUCAGAUUAAAUCUGUCUAAGUCGUUGCAUGUAGCGACGAUAUGUGUGCCAAGUUUCAAACUGAAAUCAAAGGGACAAUCGCUGCCACUGAUCAGUAGUCAGACUGUCAGCUGGGACUUUAUCUUAUGAUAGAGACAAUGCUACGUGCAGUAUGCGGACACUUUUUGUUAAGAUGUGCCAAUCAUCCUUGGUGACAGUGUGGAGUAGUAGAGCAAAGACAAGGCAUCCAGGAGGACUCGUUUGAGUCUUCUGGCCAUGGAUGUCCCGGGGAUGUUCGAGUUGUUGAAGAAGUUGAUGCAGGCAGUUAGCAUGGACAACCUGUUUAAGGUCAGAGAGCCUUGUGGCUGGGGAGAUUGAAGUAGCAACCAACAGUGCUUAGGUGAAGCAUCUGGCUAAGUCACUUUCUGCUCAAUGAUGUUACUGUUUUGUCGAUGCAAUAAAGCUUCAUUAUUUAGAA